AUGACCUUUUCUCUGCGUCUCCUAAUCUUCUACACUCUUUUCCAUUCUAUUCUUGCACAAUGUGAUGAUAACGGUGUCAUUUAUGCAUCUGGCGACAAAUGGAUUCGUAAUAAUCACUUUUUGGUGACAUGUAGAGGUGGAAAAAUUCAGACCCUAAAAUGUGUGACAGACAGUGGUCAUUUACUGGAUGUCGGCUCGAAAACCUAUGUGGAACAGGGAUAUGAAUACACAUGUGCGCACGAGGUGGCAGAGAACUUGAAUACAAAUUCCUGCCCAACAUUUGCCGAUUUUUCCGAUGAUAUCUUCAAGGAUCGAUUCGCGAUUUGUUGUAUUUCUAGAAGAUUCAAAGGAUGUGUCGAUGUAAAUGGAGAUAUUGUUAAGGAUGGAUAUUUUAUAAUUGGAAAUCAAAGUUUGAAGUACUGUAGAAUACAACCCAACCAGUUGAUGGCAAGAAUUGAGCCAAAGGGUUGCUUCAAUGGCACAACAAACGACGAUAUUCACGACGAGAGUCGACAUAUCAAAAAGUAUGCAGUUUGGCGGGAAGGAGACGUGGAAUACAGAUGCGGUGACGAUGGUGUUCAUAUUCAACGAUGUUUCCCGAAGGAGCUAAAAAAUAAGCCAGUCUGGGCGGGAACCGCAUGGAUUCAAGACGAUGGACAAGUCAAAACUUGUGGAAAAAUUCAUUGA